AUGCGCUCAAUACUCCUAUUAUGGCUGAUCCAGGCCGCCGUCAAUGCCAAUUUUCCGCAAUGCAAUCCGUUCUAUGUGCGUUGGCCGCGAGUUCGCCUCAACUUCAAAGCGGUGUCGGAGGCGCGAAUGUCGCUGAAGGCGUGCCAAACCGCGUGCUCCCAAGGCGACGAUCCGAUCAAUCCAGGCAAACAAUUGGAGUGCGCGGCGAUUAAUCAUCAGAAUAGUCCCGACGGCUUCUCGCAUCAUUGCGACGUCUUUCAACCGCAUCAACUUCAGAAUGUCGAUGGCUAUGUGGAAGCUGAUGAUAGGUACACAUUCUAUUGGAAAUAUUGUUUGGCUUCGAAGAGGAAAUGCUCUGGGGAGUACGCCUUCACAUACCUGUCGGAUCGUUAUAUGGAUGCCUCGUCGGUUAGGAAGGUUGUGACGAAAGAGAAUUUGGAGGAAUGCCUAUCGGAUUGUUUGGAAGAGAAGCAAUUCGAAUGCCGUUCGGUGUCCUUCAAUCGUACCGAUGGCGGCUGUCACAUGUCGACGGAUUCGCAGAUUACGAAGCCCGACGCGAUUCGCCUCAACAAUAAUCCAAACUUCCGAAUCGAUUAUUAUGAGAACAAUUGUCAGAAUAUGUCCGACUCAUUCAGCUUCACCUCAGAAUGUAAAGAGGACGGAAUUUUGGUCAAGGUCUCAUCUCAUCUACCGUAUACCGGAGCACUUUAUGGGCUCUACGACUUCUUCACAUGCAGAAUUGAGCCGAAGGAAUCGACGAGAUUUGAGUACUUCUUCCCGUCGCCAUUGAUUAGCAAAAAUUGCUCGGAUUCGAUUCGAUUUAAGGGAAAUGAGAUGCUUCUUGAAGUGGUCCUUUCGACAGACGGAAUUGAGCCGCUCUAUUUCAUCACGCCGGAUGAUUUGACGUAUCAGGCUCGUUGCCCUUUUUCCGGCGCCAAAGUGCGGGAUUCGAGUGCACUACAGAGGGCUUCUGCCAAAAACAAAGAGAUGGAAGCGUCGGCGAAGGCGCUUUUCGAGUAUCUUGCCAAGGGUGAUGAUGGUGCAACAACGACGAGGCCGACAAUCAACACCACAACCACCACCACUACCAGCACCACAGUAACUACGACUAGGAAGCCAACAACCAUCAUUUCCACUACCACCAAAAAGCCUAGUACUACAAAAACUACUAGGAGGCCCAUAACCACGACCCCAACGAGAACUAGUAGAACUACCACGACCCAUAGACCCAUCACAACCACUACGGCGAGGUUGACUACUACUACUACUAAGAGACCCACUAGUAUUACUACUAUUACUACCACCACCAAACCCACCACAACCAGCCAACCCCACAUCGCCAUCGUUGUUGGCAAGGAUCCGACAACACCGAAAGCCAAGGUGUUCACCACACGUCAUCCGAGCACUUUGAAAAUGGUACAUGUCGCCGCGAAACCUAAAACGUCAGUGGUCUUUGAUAUCUUCCACAACGGGCAGCCCGUCGAAGCGGUCGUCGUCGGUACAAAGAUCACAUUGUCGUUCCGGCCGCACUAUCCGAUUCCACCCGAGUACAUAUCGGUUCGAGGUUGUCAGGUCGAGCCGAUUGAUCCCAAAUACGAUUGGGAGCACGAGCCGCUGUUCAUAAUAAGAGACGGAUGUCCCGCCGAUGGUGUUGGGCUCGUGUGCCCGCCGACCAAAUCCGAAUUUGGUGCCAAGGUCUCGGUGGAGGCGUUCAGAUAUCAGACGACCGGACAGGUUCAGUAUUCAUGUCUGGUUAGGAUUUGCCCGUUCGCGCCGUGCCCAAAGGCGACUUGCGAUGAUGUCGAAGGAUGCGACGCCGACCAUAUGCAUCGCUAUAAGCGAGAAUUGUCGCUAGAGGACAUUCGGCGCGCGUUGGAAGCGAAUCCCGAGUUGGCCAGUCAAAUCGGAAUCUCGCCCAACGCGUUCGCGCAACGCAAAGGCGAAUCGCCGGAGAAUCGGCAUUUCAACAGUGUCGUUCAGGAACAACAACGCAUCGCGCUCGGCGGCGAUCAUGUGGUCCGACGACGUCUCGUCGUCGUCAACUCUGAAGACCAACUACGCUACUACGUCAGGACUGGCGAUAUUCCGUGA